AUGAGUUCAGACAGUAUACGUUUUAGAGCAGGUAUAGCAGAAUAUGACGAAGAGACACGCCAAUGCACACCGUUAGCAGUCCAAGGUGAAAUCCGUAUGAAAGUCAAUUCGGAAGAGGAGGAACUAGGUUUCUGGGACUUUGAUUGGGUUCCAUUAGAAAAGCCUGUUGGCGAUAAUGCUAAAAUAUCUCCUAUAUCACUAAUUUUAAUUCCCGGUGAAACAAUGUGGGUUCCAAUUAAAUCAUGCAAAUCAGGUAGAAUGUUCUCAUUAAUUUUUUCAUCCAAUGAAAAAUACUUCUUUUGGCUUCAACAAAAGAAUCCAAAAAAUUUAUCUUUGGACGAAUUAAAUGAAAAAGAUGCAGAAAUAUUUACAAAAAUGACUAAAAUAUUAAAUGAACAAGAAGUAAAUGAUAGUUCUGAUGAUGAUGAUGUGGAAACUCACAUUCCGGAAAAAUCUGCUGAUGAUGAGGAUGUAGAAAUGGGAGAAGUUCGCUAA